AAGCUUGGGCUUGAAAGCCGCCCCUCGCUCCCAACGAUGAGGGUGACUCUGGCGCUCGCGGCGGUCGCCUGUGCAGCAAGUGCGGCGCAUUUGGACGCCCGGGAUGUGGUGCGCGCCAAAACCAGGACCCCUCGAGCCCCCUGGCGGGGCGGCGACUUCGGGGCGAUGAGCGAGGUGCUGAACGGCCACUUGAAGCAGAUGUUUCCCAGGACAAGGCCGUGCCACGAGUGGAGCGCCCCGGAGCUGCAGGAGUUUCAGGCGCAGCUCUACACGACGAGGCACGAGCACUUGGACGGCAUCUACUCCAACGUCUCGGACAACCGCCGGCUGCGCCUGCCGUCGCUGGAGUCCUACCGACAGACCUGGCGCAAGUUGGACGCGGAGGUGAAGCGGCAACCGCACUUGCGGGACAUGCACCGUGAUGGCCACUGCCACGAGGCGGUCAUGUGGCUGGUGCAUCACGUGCCUGCGGCGGAGCAGCAGACGCGCUUCGCGCGCCUCGAGGUGCCGCUGCUGUCGGAAAAGCGCCACGGCUGCGCGGAGGGGGAGCUUUGCCGGGCCUACGAGGGCCAGAUCUCUUGUGCAGACUGCCACAGCGGCACCGGCAUCAUCGCGCAGGAUUGGAGCGACAUCCCCGGAGUCAUCCCGGAGGAUCCCAAGCAUCCAGGCUGGGCGCGGCAGCGGCGCUGCGACCAGAACUACCAGCCCGUGUGCAGCCCCUGUGAGGGCGUGGGUGGGCCGUACUGGGGCGAUGAUGUGGCAUCCUUCCAGCCCACCAACUGUGAGGUGGUGGCCCUUCCUGAGGAUGUGCCGGCUUCCGAGCGCCAGUCCCCGCAGUUCGCGGAGAGCUUCACAGUUCACCAGCUGGGCAGCGACCGCCUGGUGCGGACGCAGAACAAGGCCAAGUUCGCGCUCUACUCGCAGAUCCGGUCCACGCUGUGGUACGACUUCCCCCUGGGCGAUGGCACUGGUACCGGCAGCGAAGGCAUGGCAAAGCUCCGGCAUGACACAUUCUACGACGACCUGGGCUACAGGUGGCUGGACGACGGCUUGGUCUCGGAGCUGCACUUCCAGUCCCGAGCCCAGCGGGCGGCCAACGUCACGGGGCCCAUGGUGUCGAUGAUCCACGGGCUGCUGGGCUGGGGCAAGCGCCUUGGUCGCCAGGGCGGUGGAGCCGG